AUGGCGGCCCAAGCUGGCUAUUCGAUAAACGUCAACGACCCCGGUCUUAUCUCUCUUGUCAAUAAGCUGCAAGAUGUCUUUACGACCGUUGGAGCACAAAACCCAAUAGAUUUACCGCAGAUAGUCGUGGUGGGAUCGCAAUCUAGUGGAAAGAGUUCCGUCUUACCUCGAGGGUCUGGCAUUGUAACCCGACGGCCGCUUGUCCUCCAACUUAUCAACAAGCCCCGCGCCGAGAAGCAAUCAAACGGUGUCAAGGAGGAAGAUAAGCUAGAUACCACGGAUAGCGAGGCCAACGUCGACGAGUAUGGCGAGUUUCUUCACAUCCCCGGCCAAAAGUUCCAUGACUUCAACAAAAUCAGAGAAGAGAUCGUCCGUGAGACAGAUGCAAAGACCGGCCGCAAUGCCGGAAUCUCCCCCGCCCCUAUCAACUUGAGAAUCUACUCUCCAAAUGUCCUCACUCUCACGCUCGUCGAUCUGCCCGGACUCACAAAGGUGCCGGUGGGAGAUCAGCCAAAGGAUAUCGAGAAGCAGAUAAGAGAAAUGGUGCUGAAGCAAAUCAGCAAAUCUAAUGCGAUUAUCCUCGCAGUCACAGCUGCGAACCAGGAUCUGGCCAACUCAGAUGGUUUGAAGCUCGCUCGAGAAGUCGACCCAGAGGGCCAGAGGACAAUUGGAGUCUUGACCAAGGUCGAUCUUAUGGAUGCCGGAACGGACGUUGUGGAUAUUCUCGCUGGUAGAGUUAUUCCACUUCGACUCGGUUACGUGCCAGUUGUGAAUCGAGGACAGCGAGAUAUUGAGAAUAAACGGACGAUUUCAUAUGCCCUUGAGCACGAGAAGAACUUCUUUGAAAACCAUGCUACCUACUCUUCGAAAUCCGCCUACUGCGGAACGCCAUACCUGGCCAGGAAGCUCAAUGUGAUACUCAUGAUGCAUAUUAAACAAACUCUUCCCGAUAUCAAAGCCCGUAUUGCAUCCUCUCUUCAGAAAUACACCGCCGAACUGAAUCAGCUUGGUGACUCCAUGCUUGGAAACAGCGCCAAUAUCAUUCUAAAUAUCAUCACAGAAUUUAGCAAUGAGUAUCGAACAAUCCUGGACGGUAACAACCAAGAACUCUCGUCUGUUGAACUUUCCGGAGGUGCACGUAUCAGUUUCGUUUUCCAUGAACUCUACUCGAACGGCGUCAAGGCCAUCGAUCCUUUUGAUGUAGUCAAGGAUAUCGAUAUCAGGACAAUGCUGUACAACUCCUCCGGUCCCUCACCUGCUUUGUUCGUAGGAACAGGUGCAUUUGAGUCCAUUGUUAAGCAGCAGAUUAAGAGGCUCGAAGAACCCAGCUUGAAAUGUGUUUCCCUGGUCUACGAUGAACUCGUCCGAAUUCUUGCCCAGCUUUUGAACAAGCAGCCUUUCAGGAGGUAUCCACAGCUGAAGGAACGAUUCCAUGGGGUCGUAAUAGCCUUUUUCAAGAACGUCAUGGAACCAACAAAUAAGCUUGUUAAGGAUCUUGUUUCUAUGGAGGCUUGCUACAUCAACACCGGUCAUCCCGACUUCAUAACCGGACACAGGGCGAUGGCAAUUAUCAACGAGCGACAGAACGCUUCUAAACCAACGCAAGUUGACCCAAAGACCGGAAAGCCCCUUCCCCCUUCAGCUACUCUACCGCAGCGAUCGGCAAGUCCCAGUAUGGAUCUAGGAGACUCCAACCCAGGCUUUUUCGGCAGCUUCUUCUCUUCAAAGAAUAGUAAGAAGAAGAUGGCUGCAAUGGAAGCCCCUCCGCCAAUUCUGAAAGCUUCUGGAACCUUGUCUGAGCGAGAAAACACUGAGGUUGAGGUGAUAAAACUCCUGAUCAACUCAUAUUACAACAUUGUCAAGCGAACAAUGAUUGACAUGGUCCCCAAAGCCAUCAUGCUAACACUGGUUCAGUUCACCAAGGAUGAAAUGCAAAGGGAGCUACUAGGAAAUCUCUACCGAGCAGAAGAACCAGACGACCUUCUCCGCGAAAGUGAAUUCACCGUUCGCCGGCGCAAGGAAUGUCAGAGAAUGGUCGAGAGUCUCACCAAGGCCAGUGAGAUAAGGAGACUCAAAUCCGUUCCCGAUCAGUAA